AUGAGGCUUUGUUUCUGUCUCGGUGUGUCGAAGCUCCGCCUCCUGUCCCUCGCCCUGCUGUGCCUCGUCCCGCGGGCCGUCACCUCGCACCCCCCCGCCCCCCCCGCCCUCCUGCCUCCGGGGGGGGCAGCCGAGCUGGAGUCCGCCCUGCUGCACCUCCAGACCGCUCUGGAGGACCCGAGGCUCUACCCGAGGGCCAAGUGGCGCCAAGACCCCCGGAGACCCGCCCUGGUCCCCCGGGAGGAGGAGACGGGGGCGGAGGAGUCGGGGGAGGACCGGUCCUGGGAAGAGGCGCUGCCGAGGGCCCAGAGAGGAGACCUGGAGGCCCCCCCGCUGUCCCCCUUCCCCGGGGGCCACUCCCUGGAGAGCAUGAACUAUCAGAAGGGGGGAGAGGGGGAGGACGGGGGGAAGAGGAAGGAAGCCCUGACCUCCUUCGCCGGAGGCCUGCAGGCCGCCAGCCGGGAGAAAGGAGGGUUUGGUUUCCGCUUUGGGAGGAAACGAUGGACCGGCAGGGGAUGGUGA